UCCUAAUCCCAUGUCAUUCUUUUGAUUUUUCAUCAUAAAUAUAUCCAUUCAUCUCCCCUACUUAAACACACCCUCCAUCGUCACUCAAAAUCACAAAUAUGGCCACCGGUGCACCCGAUCAUACUGCAAAAGUUGAACAUGUAGCCCGAAAGCCACGUGGCCGACCCGCAGGCUCAAAAAAUAAGCCCAAACCACCCAUCAUCAUCACCCGAGACAGUGCCAACACCCUUCGGGCUCAUGCCAUGGAGGUCACCACUGGGUGCGAUGUGGGUGAGAGCCUAGCCACAUUCGCUAGAAGAAAACAAUGUGGAAUUUGUGUUCUAAGUGCUGCAGGCCAUGUCACCAAUGUCACUUUACGCCAACCCGCCACAUCAUCAGGAACCGGCCCGAUCGUCACGCUCCAUGGCCACUUUGAAAUCUUAUCGCUAGUUGGCUCAGUUCUGCCACCACCGGCCCCGCCUGGUGUCUCAGGCUUAGACAUAUAUUUAGCUGGCCCGCAAGGCCAGAUUGUAGGUGGAGCCAUCACCGGCCCGCUUAUUGCAAGUGGGCCGGUUAUCAUCAUGGCUGCCACUUUUAUGAAUGCAACUUUUGACAGGUUGCCAAUUGAGAAAGAUGAACCACCACCGGCUAUCAGUCCAAUAGCAGCACGCAAUCAACACAUGAUUAGUGUUUCGGAUAUAUGUGGGAUCCCACAAAACUUGCUUUCAAACACGAAUGAGAUCUAUACUUGGGCUACAACUCGACCAUUGUCGAAAACUUAACACAACCAUUGUUUACUACAUGAUUUUUACCCAAAGUCACACUCAGAACUAUGUGUUUCUAGUAGAAAUAUUGCAAAACUUGCAAUUUAAAGAACAUAAAGAUGGUAAACAUCAUCAUGUUUAUUUAGUUGAUUUAUACUCAAAAUCAUACUCAACUGUGUUGGUAGUAGAAAUAUUGUAAUUUGUAAACCUUGCAAUUAUAUAUAUAAUCCAAUUGUCACCCAUAUCUUACUUUUCAAUCCA